AUGGCGGUGCACGACAGUGAUUACAGUCAUGACAUCUACAAUCGGUUCUCGCCCGGCCGCAAGGUGGUUAUCACCAUAGUCCUCGUCUGGUCGUUGUUCCAGACUACACUGAGUUCCACCGCUGUCGUAACGGCCAUCCCAGAGGUGGGAGCCACCUUUCAUACCACCGACAGCACGGUCGCCUUGUCCAACGCCUUGAUGGUUCUCUGCCAGAUGACGGGGCCCAUGCUAUAUGCUCCCAUUGCCAACACCUUUGGUCGCCGGCCCAUCCUGCUCACCGCCAAUGCACUCUUGGCUGCGUUUAGCCUGGGCACCGGUUUGGCCCCGAACCUCCCAGCUUACUUUAUCCUGCGUUUCCUCACCGCGCCGCAGGUGACAGCCAUCCAGGUCGUCGGCGCCGUGGUCAUCGGGGAUAUUUACCCGCCUACCGCCCGGGGUCGCGCACUGGGAUGGUUGAUGGUGAGCACAACGGUAGCACCCGGCCUGGCUCCGCUGCUGGGUGGAGUGGUCGUGACCUACACCGUGUGGCGAGUGAUCUUCUGGGCACAAACCGGCAUGGCGGUUCUCUCCGUGCUUCUACUGGCCGUGUUCCUGCCGGAGACAAUCCACGAGAAGAAGACUCAACUCUUCACAGGCCUGUCCCGCUCCGGGAAGGUAGUGCAAUUCAUCCGUCUCAUGAAUCCAUCGGAGAUCUUCACGCUUCUACUCUCGUCUCGGAGCUUGCUCAUCAACGGCAUGAGCGUCGCUUCCCUGCACUGGAAUCAGUUCUCGAUCCUGACGCCGAUCCGCCAGGUGCUCAACCCGCUCUUCCAUCUGACCUCUCCCCUCCAGGCGGCCCUCUUUUAUUUGGCCCCAUGUGCCGGAUACCUUACGGGGACUCUCUGCGGUGGGCAACUGUCGGACUGGGUCGUCCGACGGUACAUGCGGCGACGCGGGCGACGCGUGCCGGAGGACCGGCUGAAUACUGUGGUGGCAGCGGUGGGGAUCGCCAUGCCGGUGUGUGGGCUGGUUUACGGCUGGGCGGUGCAGGAGGCUGUUGGCGGCAUCCCCCUAGUGGUGAUCGCGCUAUACAUUCAGAGCGUGUGCCAUGUGGCGGCGUUUGUUAGCCUGAACGUUUAUUGCGUCGACGUGAUGGAGGGCACCGGUAAGAGCGCGCUGGCCGUUGCGGGCAGCUACAUGGUUCGCAAUGCGGCCGGCGCCGUGGGAACCGCUUCGUGUCUUCCUGCCAUUGACGCGAUUGGGGCUUUUGUACAGUAUUAUGAUUCCCAAUAA